GUGGCUUAGAUCUUGACACAAGCGAUAAACGCGGUCUGAAUUUGUCGCUUUGCAGUGUGUACUACUAUAAUUGUUCUGGUGACAAUGGAAGCUGAAUCGCUUCACUGUGAAUUGACUUCUGCUAUGCUCAAUCGCUUCGUUCCGAAUCACUUGCAUCUGUUCGAGCGCGAAUGAAUGAAUGACAGGAAUUGUGAGGAAUGCAAUAUCAUUUCAGAGAGGUUUCUGUUUCCACGCUUAGGUUCCUGCAGAUUCUUAGUUGGUGCAUCCCAACUUUUCUCGUUUUCCUGCCUCCGUGUGGAUCGUUAGCCUAUGAAGGACAAAAAUGAAACGCACGAUAAAGCAUUUUGGCGACUACGUAGACGCCUUCGUCUUGGUGUGAGCGACGCGCUGAGCGCCCCGUGUGAUGCAACCAUGCCGAACAGAGCGCUACCUACGCUUUGAGACACCUGAAGUGAAGCGUGCAUGGUCACGUAGUGUGAAUUCAAAGGAAACAGCAAGGCGCGUGUACUUUUGCGAACGCAGAAUGCUCUGUUUACCGUCUCCCUACCAAAUGCGAUCCAGGGCCGUGGGUGCAUUUCUUCCUGUGUAGCCGCAAGUUGUGGCCGUUGUCGGCGGUUUUUGCUACACGUAUAGGACGAGGAGGAAAUGCAAAUAUGUGCACCAAGUUUCAGCCAGUUUGCUACUUUACAUUUGAGAAGAGGGGAGAAGGACAUGAAAAAGCAAAUGGCGAUAAGAGUUCAUGCGCGCGCACAAAUGCACAACAAGCAUUUGGUCUGCAUUUAAAUCCAGUCGCAGUCUUCACACAGCAUGGUAAGGAGUAGCUUUUCGUGCGGGUGUGAGAGGUCUGCCGCCCUAUCGACUCGGGGCAACGCGCAGAGUAUGCCUUUCACCAGCACUAUAUAUAUGAUUGCAAUAUAUUCCCCGUAUCGGUAAGGAUGCCGUACUAAAGGCCGCUAACACGCCCUUAAUUUUGGCUGUCCUUUUCAUAAAGAACGAGAGGAAAUGGAAACGAGAUACCCGAUUUUAGUUAGCCAAUCAUACGAAGUAACAGUAAAUUGAGCCAAGGAAAGGCAUGGGAGAAAUUUUUUGUUGUUUUUAAUUGAAACGUAGAAAUGGUAAGCGUAGAAAUGGACGAACAAAGCAACCUGCCAUUGUUGAUAGCUUGGCUAUAGUUGGUAUAUAUGGAUGCGUUGAUACAAACUGUGCGGCAAGACGGAACACACGUAAAGAAAGGGACAGACGACUGCAGACUUACAACUGAGUUUAUUGAAAAAAACUUAUGUGUACAGCCAGAAGGUCCUGUCAUCAUCACGGUUACAAAGAUCAAAGUAUAUGAAGCAAACAUAAGUAGAUACCAGCACGAUUCAAGUGUAACUCUUGGAGCGUAAAUAAGCGUACACUCCUUGUCGGACAGGUUAUUUGAUGGAUGGCUAAAGCAGCCCACUCAAUAAUUCAAUGAUUCUACGCCCUAUUAUUGUAUACUCUCUUUUGAAUUAACUACUGUGUUUUGGUUAUCUCGCUCGCACCUGCACUCUCAAUGCGCUGGUAAAUGUAAUCUUGAUGUCCUAGAAUAUAUGAGGUUUUCGCUUUUUCAAUAACUCGUCUGUCCCCUUCUUUCCUUGUGUCUCGUCUUGCCGUACGGUUUGCAUAAAAACAACUUACAGCCGGUGGGAGCCGAACCCACACCCUCCGCAGGAGUGACGUUGAGGAAAAGACCUGCGCUGCGCAUUUCUACCUACCUCUGUUUUUAAAUGAUGCUAUAAAUUAACACUACUUUCCUGUCGAGAAUGCUCUGUUAUGCUGAUAACGCGCAUGCCGUUCGUGACUUGGAAGUACCGGGCUCGCAGCGUUCAAGAAAGGAAAUGCGGACAAGACGACGACUGUUGUGUGGAAAGAUACGAUCCGUGUAAUUUUGUUUAAGAGUGUAGUUGUGUGGCAAGAUACGACCUAAAGGGUGUAAGUUUGUUCAAGAGCGUAAAACAGUUAUUGCACCCUUUGUGGUGUAUAUUUGUCCACAACGAUAAUCAUCAUUUGCCCCACUUGCGUUUCCUUUCUUGAAAACGCUGCGCUCGCUACUUUUUUGUCGAGAAUGCUGUCACGCUGAUAACGCGCAUGCCGUUCGCGACGUGGAAGUGCCCAGCUCGCAGCGUUAAAGAAAGCAAAUGCGGGCAAUAGAGAUGACAAUUAUCGUUGUGGGACAAGAUAAGCCCCAUAGGGUGUAAACUUUUUAAAGAGCGUGACGGUGUCGAGAGUGUAAUGUGAUUUAAGGUGUUUAUCUUUACAAAACACCCAUUUCUUUAGUUAUAAGGGUGUCAGUUAUGUACCAUUGUGCGAAGAACUUCCCAUCAAGUCGAUAAAAAAAGCUAGCUGUUUGUAAGCUAGGUGGCCGCACACAAGCGACAAAGUUGCGUCGCAACAACAUACAUGUAGCGUAGCUCACUUCAACUUUUCGCACAGAGCCCUUUUCAGGAUCCAGGCUCGCCUUCAUGCAGAAAACGAAUGGAUGCGCGCUGUUCUUCUUUGGUGUAGAUAACAAAUGCGGCAGCCAUCGUUUUUAGCACCGCAGUAAAGAACUGAACCGAUAUGGCACGCCUAAACUUGCACAGCUGUGACUGGAAAGAGGGACAACGACUGUUGAGAGAGCGUAAGUCCGGAUAAUUUUUUACUCGUGCACUUUCAUAUUAAAUUACGUAACUGUGGGAAAAUCUGUCAUCAGUGUAGUUGCUGUCUAGCUUGCCAACUAUAUAGUUUAGGCUCUGGUGUCACUGCAAAUUAUUUGAUAAAGUAAACAAGAAACAGUAAAAUAACUCUGGUGGUUUUGUAUGUGCUAAAAUUGUUAGCAGCGCUGUCUGAGAUGAAAAGCCACUUUUACAAAGUCGUAUUACGUUAUGAAAGACCAAACACUACGUCUCUUUUUUUUUAUUCUUUCAUUUUUCCUUUUUUUCACACGCAGCUACUAUGCCGUAUCUUCGCUUACCUUGGAGUAGCUGACAGGCUGGCGGCAGGGUUGACCUGUAAAACGUGGCACAAGUUAGCCGCUGACAGCCGCAUCUACGGCGACGUGGUUGUCACCUUGGAAAAGAAUGUGAAAGAGCGAAUGGUUGCGCUCUCCAAUUCACAGUCGGUGGUAACGUGGUUGGUGGUGAAGAACUCUGCGCUGGAUGCGGAUGACAAAUUUUGGGAACACGUAGGGCCGACACUCAAGAGGCUGAACUUUGAGAACUGCUGUUUUUCCUGGAAGGAGUUCGUUUCGGUGCUCCUUAAGUGUCCGAAGCUAGAGCACCUGGCGAUUGGCCGCUGCGACAAAUUCGUGCCGUCAAGUGACGAGUCCGCAUUUGGCGACAGUGCACCACCAUUUCUUCGUUCUACGCCGUCCGGAAUCAGCUCAGUCGACCUUUCGGACAAUGCUGACGUGUCAGAUUCUACUUUUCAUCAAGUAAUGACGAUGGUCGGGAGGCUUCGCGCGCUCUCAUUGGAAGGCUGUGCGCUAUGCGUGCAUCCGGCCAUCUACCGCCGCUUCUACCCGCCUGGACAAGUGCAUAGCCCGCUGGUGUUGACGUUUCAGCACGUGCUCAGGAGACUCGACGGAGCGCCGCUCACGGUGCUUAACCUGAGUCGCACGGCGAUCGACAACAAAUGCGUCGCGCAGCUGUCUGCGGCCUACUCGAAGACGCUGCAGGAGCUUCACGCGGCCUCGUGCGCACAGUUAGGAUUGCAGGGUGUGAGAGCUUUGUGUGAAAACGUGCCGAAACUCAAGUGCCUAAACCUCGGGUAUAACAGGCAACUUAAAGACAACUGUCUGUUAACCAUCUGUGAAAAUCUUGAGCACCUCGAAAAGCUGAAUAUGUCCGAUUGCACGGAAAUCACGCACGCGGGGUUCGCUAAACUGGCGCACCUUCGGAAGCUCGAGUACGCCAGUUUCUCGGACUGUUGUCUCAUCGAUCCAGAAACGAUGGUGCAGCUGUUUUCUUCCAGAGCAUGGCCAGCAAUGCGAACGCUCAACGUCAGCUCUUGCAGAAUAAAUGACGCCGUGGCAAGGUGUCUGGGCGAGCAAAUGCCGACGCUCGUAUCCCUCGACGUCUCACACACGACGCUACUUACCGAUGACGCAGUGCGCGCUAUCUGGACCCACCUACGCUUCCUCAGAGUCCUCCGCAUGGAACGUUGCUUGAGACUAACUGACGCAGCCUUGCACCGUUCAGGCAACGUGGAAACGCGCGAGCCCAACUCCAUGGCUUGUCUCAGUGCUCUGAAAGAGCUGAGCCUCAGUGGCUGCUACCGAGUGUCCGACGCAGGAGUGUUGGCUGCAGUGAUCUUUCGGGAACUGACUUCUCUGGAUGUUGGGCACUGCAACCUCCUCUCGUCUGCGUCCUUGAAACACAUUAUAUUGCACUGUCCCAGCUUGUCAAAGCUAGUGCUGAGUUUCUGCGUACAGUUGGACGAUGGAGCAUUGACAUCGGUCCUCAGACCAUCAACAAGACUAAGACACCUCAACAUAGAAGGCUGCAGAAACAUGACUGAUACAGCUCUCCUUUAUGUAGCUCAAUGCCCGUCAGUAAAAUAUGUGAACGUUAAAUCAUGCAUGGUGACACUGAAUACGCUACAACAGCUGUCACUAGAGCGACAAGAUCUUGAAGUGGUGCAUACUGUAUGCUGUGUGGAAUGAGCUGCCAAGAAGGCUGCAUAAUUUUGGAAUUUUAACGCAAGUAGCAUUCUUGGCACUGUCAGACUAUAGAUUUCUUCCCGGCUAUCCAUCUAACUGUUUUCGCGGAUCGAUCCCGUAGAUAGUGCAUGCAGUCUAAAAAUGUCAGUUGAUGCUGAAGGUGAUGCAGUCUAAAAAUGUGGGCUUAACCUCGUUUACGGCAUUCUUCGAUUAAAAAAAGAAAUCCCUUUAAAAUUUCUCCGAAUUCAUAUUCAUCUGAAAAGAAUGCUAUUAGAAUGCAUGGAUAGCUAUCGUUGAUGAGUUCUGCCUGAAUUUUAUUCUAGUUGUAGUUAAACACAUUGUCCCGACAUGUUGCAACCGUUCCCGGCGAGUGCUUGCUCUUACGUCACCUCUGACGCAACGAGAAGCAGUUAUUUUGGCUAUCUUAUGUCAAGGAAGUGAUUAAUUUACUUCGCACUUCUCGUGCCUAUAAAAUAGUUAAAUUCGCACAUACAAACACAUAAAAAGAAAGGAUUAUCUUAAAGAAGAAAAAAAUUGCUCACAGAGCUGUUCUUUGUGAUAUUAGUGGUGACGUUAGAGAAGGCAUGAACCAGAACAAAGGCAAUAAUUUCGGCAUAUUCUGUUCAGUUAAUAACGUCAUUAAAUUUAAACCUGCAAGAAUGUGGAAAAUAAAAUGACUGUUCUGUGAAGGCCCAUGUUCCUGCUGAAAGAUGUACGCCAGCAAAUAAGCUGGACACGGUCACUGUAAUGCCAACAAAGCUAGGUUCUGCACACCUUGCUUACGUCACAAUAUAUCGGCACCAGUGCGGAUGCUCUAAAGACCCUAUAUGGUGCUCUUGUCUUCUUCGCUGCAAGCAAACGAUCAGCUUAUUCGAGACAUCAGCCGUUCUAACACAGAGACGUGUACGUAGGCUGCACCACGCACAACAUGGUGCUUCAGCGGCUGCACACCCACUGCGGCAUGGCGGGCAACGUUGAGGCUGACCGGGUCAGUGGAGUGGCGCAUGGCGACUCAUUGCAGCUGGUGUCCAUGCCUCUCUCUAAAAGGGACAGGCCAAUCCCUGCGAGUGCCGUCGCCUGGUGCUCUCAACAUGAUUUUCAUGAUUGAUAAACACCUAUUCGCCUCAUACCCAAUAAUCGCAUAUGAACAUAUCGAGAUCCCACACAAAAAUCUGUAUGUUCACAUAAAUGUGGGGAUCGUAUGGUACAUGCCUUAUGGGACCUAUAUGGGAACAUACGGAUUUUUUUAAAUGGGAUAACCAUAUGUUAUAUGAGACGUGCCCCAUAUAUCAUAUAGAGGGACAUCGUUUUUUAUAUGGGAUCCAUUUAUGCUACGGUAUUAUUGAAUGUGGGUCAUAUGGGCUUUUUCGAUAGGAAUUGCUCACAACGAAAGCGCUAUUCGUCUUCCCCCUGGACAUUGGCUUGAAUCAGACGCUUUAGUUGCCUGUUACCGUGUGUGCUUAUCAUUUGUGUAUGCUUUUGUGCACUAUAUGAGCGUCAGUUCACGCAUCCCCCUUCUCAUGUGGAUUAGCAUGUUAGGCGUGUGGUCAGGCAAAUAUCUCAAGCGCCUUUUAAAUAAAGUAUUUAUCUCUGUU